AUGAAGAAAAUUCGUGCCCUUGCACGAUCCGUCCAAGAAAUUACAGAGUCUGAAGAGGAGGACGAUUCUCAGUUGUCUUCACCGCAAUCAUCUGUCCGCUCUCCAUUUGCACUCGUUGAGUCUCCAAUUCUACAAAGACGUUCUGUAUCCCUCACUAGCCCCAUAACGAAAAGGCAUUGCCCUACGAAGCGAUUGUCUCGAGGUCUGUCCGAUCCAGGUAUUCGGCGUCCAAACUUUGGCUCCACCAUUAGUCCGAAGAUGGACGAAAGAAAAUCCUAG